CUGGGCUGAGCUCCCUCCCUUUCCUUUCCAGUCCACCUCUCCCAUUCUGAAGAUAGCUCAGGAGUUGGGGGGUGGUGCAAAGCUAAAGGAGAGAGGCUGCAGAUAUGCGGCCACUCCGAAUUGGAGCUUGAUCCCCCAACCCGCGGACCCAACAGUGAAUGUCUCUUGGGUCAGGGGGGAGGGAACAUUGUACCCUAUGGUGCUUCCUGUGAAUGAGUUACAGCAAGAACCUGCAUGUCGGUCAGCGCCCGCUAUGUGUAUGUAUAGUACCUAGCAUAAUGAGGCCCUGACUGUGCUGAGAUCUUUAGACACCACUGAGACAGCUUUUACAUGACAACCAUUGGCCUCAUGAAUGAUUUACCUCUAGUGUUAUGUUGGCUCCCAUCAGUUUUGGUAGCAAGAAGGACACACACGGCUUCCAAGGGAGGUGGUGCUCUUCCCAUACCUUGGGGGUCUUUAAGAGACGGCUGGAUAGGCAUCUGGCUGGGGUCAUCUGACCCCAGCGCUCUUUCCCGCCCAGGGCAGGGGGUCGGACUCGAUGAUGUGUUGAGGUCCCUUUUGACCCUAGCAUCUAUGAAUCUAUGAUUUUAAAGGUAACAGAGUUCUGGGCUUGGGAGUUAAUUGUUCUGAAAUCCACACCCAUGUAAUCCUGCAUUUUUGUUCACACACAUGUACACCAGCCUCUUUCCCAUUUGAGCCAUGUUCACUUAGCAGAUAAGUAGAAUGAGAACAUGUCAGGUACCUGUAGCUUUUCUUUGGGACCAAUAAUGAUGACUAGCUCUUGACUCAGGAGUUGGUUGGAUGUAUCCUAGAUCUGACCCACACCCUUCUUUCUACUUGUUUGUGUAGCAUGAGUCUUUGGCAUUUUAUCACCUCCAUGUUACUCUUCUAAUUUCCUCCAUGCCUUGAUACUCUAAUGGAGACCACCACACAGGGAAAGACAGCCCCUGCCCCAGCUGAGAUCAGGGCCCCUUGGCAGCAGCUACUGCACAGAUACAUACAGAGAGUGAACCAUGAUACAAAUACACCCAGGAAAGAUUAUUAGCUCCAUCUACCGGAAACUGAGGUAUGAGCUGAGAAAACAACCCAGGAACUCAGUGCCAGAUUUGAGAUUGGAGUUUACAAUGUCUUAGUCUGUUAAUUGGGACCCACACCUACCUUUGCUAACCCAAGAGUCCCAAGUCUGUUCCCCCUUACUCUAACCACAACCCACUACUGUCCCAGAGCCUAGAAUAAACACAAAGGCCAGGAGCAGAGGUAGAAUUGGGCAGUUCUGCACCCUGGACAUGCUCUUCAUGCAUUGAUUUGGGGAAGUUGGGAUGCAAAUCUCAAUCUCUCUUAGUCAUGCUACUGCCCAGAAGUGCUGCCAGCCAGCACCUCCUCUUUGAAAAAGCAGUUGGUUAGGCUGGAGGUCCUCCCCCAGGUAGCAGAAGGGGGCACUGCAGCAGCUUUGCCUUCCCCAGUGGCUGGUUGGGGGGCAGAGGGCAGUGGGAAGGCUUAUUCUUUAUCCCCUUCCUGAGUAACAAAGACAGCUGAAUCCAGGUUCAUUGGGCCCAGGGAGAGGGGAAGAGACUGCAGCAAGGAAGCUGCUGCUUUAAGCUGUUGCAGCUUGCAGUGCACAAGGCUACUACUGCUCAGGAGGGGAGAGGAGGGUUGAGGAGCUGCAAAGUGGGAAGGCCUAGCUCUAAAUUCUGGUCCCAGGGGGAUCAGAAGGCCUGCCUGGCCCUCCUCCACCUCCUGCCAUGGGGCAUCUGAUGUAACCAAAGACUACAAGAGGAUCACCACCCCUGCCCUCCCAUGCUGGAGGUUAGAGAGAUUACACCAGGAUUGCUAGUCUGGUCCUAGGAUGCAGCCACCUCUGGGUUGGAGCAGAGUAUGAAUGUGCUCAUGGUAACACCCAGCAUAUGCACCCCGCCCCCGUCAGCAGCAUUUAAGCCUCCACCGUGAACUCGCAAUCUAGCUUCUCCUGCUCAGGCCCAAGGAACAGAAGCCGGAUGAUCCAAAGCUGCAUCAACAGCUGAGCUUUUCAUGAGCACCUGGUCAGCUCACCUCCAAUGAUUUCAAGCCUGCAGUUGGAUUUUGACUAGGAGACCAUGGUUAAUGAAAAAGCCACAGCUGCCUGGCAGGAUUCAUGAGCUUGGAGAAACAAGGAAGAUCUUAAAAGGAACUCCAAUGGCUGGAUCAACUCCCUCUAGUCACCAGGGUCUCCCACGAGUACCUCCAACAGCCACCCUGUCUAGCCUGCAAGCCAAGCAGAGGGCAGAUAAGGCUGCCUACGUGUUUAAAUAACUGCCUUUGUAGCUCCUUUGAGAGAGAGCAUUUCUAUGCAGGUAUUAGCUCAGUCACACCCUAGUCCUGAUGGUGGUUUUACUGCAAUUAACUUAAAGCUAAUGGGAAAAAAUGGUCUCAUCAUGGAACAGAUUGGGCUGGGCUGGAGAAUGGGAAACUGGGCCUUUCCCCUGUGUGUGGUGCUGGUGCUGAGCUGGCUCAGACUAGGGGGUCCUGGCUGGUGCACAGGGGCCUGGGAGGGAUCAGAGGGUUGGAUCUGGCAAGGAAGCCAGCAGACAUGGUCAUUAAAUGAGAGCUGAGUGGCCAAGUUGCAAGUUCUCUGUUCAGGCAGGACGGGGGUAGUCUUGUCACACAGCUACUGCAGGGCAGCCAGAAGCGAUUGCAUAUACCAUGUCAUUGCAUUCCCCCUCCCCGCUUUUUGGUUACUUCAGCUACUGCUGUGCUCUAACCUGGAACUGUCUGCAUCUCGGUGCUGAGUGAGCAACACUGGGACAAUUUCACCAUGGGGCUGUUACCCAGGUGCCUCCUCCCCAGUGGCAGCUGCAUAUCUGAAGUGGGAUCAGAAACUUAAGGCAAAACUUGAAAAAGGGUCAUCAAGACAAAAAUCAGGAUCCUGGAGAUAAUUGGUUUAACAUCCCCCUGAUGAGAAACAGUGAUUGAAAUAGUAACGAGGCUUCCAGCAGCACAGCCCAGAAACUGUCCUACUUCCCCAGCUUCAGCGGACUGACUGCCGGCUGGAACACGGAAAGUACCAUCUGUACUAAGAAGCUAAAUGGACACAGCCAGUAGAGUUGUGACAUCUGUCCAUCCUGGAAAAGCCAGCCCGCCUGGUGGUGUGAGCACAACUAUGAGCACUGGGGAUGGUGGUAUAGCUGAUGGGAUCACUAUUCUUGGGACUGCCAGUAGCCCCUGGGAGACUGGUACCUAUGGAGACAGGGAUGCAGCCAUUCAUGGAGAGAAGGACAUGGCUGCCACUGCUGCUUAUGAAGAUGGCACUGUCACCCCUGGAGAUGGAGGCACAACACCCACUAUCAUAGAGACAGAAGUAAACACCAUCCUUAGAGACAGAGAUGCCACCAUCAGUCUUAGAGGGGUAGAUGCCAUUUUCACCCCCAGGGAUAGAGAUACUACCAUCAGGCGUAGAAACAUCACCCCCAACUCUAGAGACACUGACACUGCCUCCAGCCCUGGAGGGGCUACUGCCCCUAGAAAUCCUUCCAUGACUGCCCAUGGUGAGGGCACAAUUGUUACCACUCCAGGAUAUAACAUCCUAGCUAUAGUCUCUGGAAAAGCCACCACCUCUGUCUCUGGGACAGCUUCUGUUCUUGGGGAGACAGUUAGCUCUGGAAAGUUCCCAGCCUUCAGCGAAACCAGAACUCAUGCAUCAAUAGCCACCUAUAAUAAAGCCAACCUCUUUGGGGCCAGAAAUGUCCCCGAUGACCCUGGCACCUCCAGUGAGAACAAAUCUGUGGAACAAACUCAUGUUCCUGGGGACAGCGGCCCCUCUAGUGAGGCUCCCACUUCUGUUGCAGCCAGCGCUGCCCAUGUUGGGACCAUUACCUUUAGGGACAUAGAGGCCCUUAAUCUGGAAAGGACCCUGCCAACCCAGGGAAGAACUUCAGGGAACAUCACUAUUCCCAAAGAGACCAUUUCCAGUCCUGAAGAUCCUGCUGCUGCCCUUGGAGACACUGCUACUACCCCUGAGGCCUUUACUGCCAACUCUAGAGACUUCACCUCCUCCACAGCCUCUGGAGAGGACAUUGCCACUCAGGAAGACACCCUUACGACCACCUUGCCUCUUGGAGAGAGCACCAUCAACUCCAUUACGCUUGGCGAUAACAUCACUACCACCACCUUCAGCCCGGGUGAUCCCACUACACCUAGGGACAGUGCUGCCAUCACCUCUGGAGAUGUGUUCACUACUGAUAUCCUUGGAGAUGUCAGCACUGUUGCUGCUCCUGGAGACACUAUCACCUCUGUCACCACCAAUGCCCCUCCUGAGGAGGGGGAUAUAACUACUGCUUCCACAGACAGCUUUCCCAUUGCUGUCUCUAGUGUCACCCCUUCUCUCUCUGGAGAUGCCAUUGUCAUAGACAGCAUUACAGCUGCCCCUGGAGACACCCUUGCUACUGCUGCCAACCCUGGAGAAACUGAGGCAACCACUGCCCCCACUAAAGAAGAAAACACUUUCACCACUGUUCCUGGAGAUGCUAUUGUCACUAUCACCAUCACUGCUGCCCCUGAAGAAGAAGAAGAAGAAGAAGAUGAUGAUAACAUCACUGUUGCCACUGGUGAUGAUGACACCACUGCUACCCUUGUAGAUACCCCUGCUGUUCCUGGAGAGGAUGCUGCUGCUGCAACUUCAUAUCAAGAUAAUGAUCUCAUCACUGCUGUCCUGCAAGAAAAUGACAUCAUUGCUACCUGCCAAGGUAAUGAUGUCAUCAUUGCCAAUGCUGGAGAAAGUGAUGACAUCUUCUCUGCUCCUACAGAAAAUGAGGUCAUUGCUUCCCCUGAAGGAGAAGAUGACACCAUCACAGCUGGCUAUAAGGGAGAUGGCACUAUCCCUGCUGCCCCUGGAGAGGUCAGCAUCCCUAUAACCAUCAUCGCUGCCCCUGGGGGUGAUGAUGGAGCCAAUGCCAUUACUGACACACCCGGAAAGGGCUAUGCCAUCACUGAUACCCCUGGAGAAGGAAACAAUGCCGUCACUGAUGCCCUUAGAGGAGGAGAUGAUGUCUUCACUGAUGCCCCCAGAGGAGGAGAUGGCAUUGUCACUGCCACCCCUGGAGGAGGAGAUGACAUCAUCACCACUGCCCCUGGAGAUGGAAAUGAUAAUAUUCCCAUCAGCACCCUCCCUGAAGGAGACAAAGCCAAGACCCCCCACCAUGAAGAUGUUAUUGCCACUACUCCUAGAGAUGACAGAGCUGUCACUGUUGCCCUUGGAGAUGGAGUUGCUCAUGGAGAUGUCAUCAUCCCUGAAAAAGAUGAUGCCAUCACUCCUACCCUUGUGGAUUCUGUCGUCACCAUCACCAUCACUGCGGCCCCUGAGGAGGUUACCCCUGACAUCGACACCUUCACCCUUGGGGAAGCUGACACUGCCAUCACCACUACCCCUGGGGAGGCUGAUACUGCCAUCACCACCGCCCCUGGGGAGGGUGACACUGACAACACCAUCACCACUGCCCCUGGGAAGGCAGAUAUUGCCAUCACCACCACUGUUGGGGAGGCUGGCACUGACAAUACCAUCGCCACUGCCGCUGGGGAGGCUGAUAAAGACACCACUAUUGCCACCACCCAUGGGGAGGCUGACACGGACACCACCAUCCCUACCACCCUUUGGGAGGCUGAUACUGAGACUGCCAUCCCCACGGCCCCUGUGGAGACUCUGGCCACCAUCAUCACUGCUUCUGAAGAUGCCAAGGGCACCAUCACCACCACCCCUGUUGAGGCUGAGGCCACCAUCACUACUGUUCCUGAGGAGGCUGACACUGACACCACCAUCACCCCUCUUCCUGGGGACACCAAUGCUGUCAUCACCACCACCUCUGGAAGAGAUGAGGUUAUGACUGUCCCUUCUGAUCAUGCCAUCGUCACUAUCACCAUCACCUCAGUCUUUGGGGAUGAGGAGGCUGCCUCUACCCUAAUUCCUGAGGGUGAGGAGGCUACCCUCACCCCCACUUCCAGGGGUGAUGGGGCCAUCACUGCCAUUCCUGGAGACCCCAUUGUCCAUAUCACCAUCACCAGUGCCCCAGAGGAAGACGAUGCCACUACUCUUAUUUCUGGAGAAGGCACCAGUGCUAUUGCCCAGGACGAUGAUACCAUCAUUGCUGCCCAUGGAUAUGACAUAAUUGCUGCCACCCCAGGGGAUGAUGACAUCACCAUUGCUGCUAAUUCUGGAAAGGAUGAUGUCUUUACUGCCCCCCUGGUAAACUACCCUGUCACAGCUGCUGCUCCCCACGCACAUGUCACUGAUUCUGCUGCCAGCCCUGAAGGGGCCACCCACACCACUGCUGCCUCUGGAGACACUAACAUCAUCACCGUUGCCCCUGUGGAUGUUACUGUCACCAAAGCUACCCUUGGAGAUAUGAGUAACUUUGCCACAGCCUCCAGAGAUGCUAGCACCAAGCCUGUGGCCUUUGUGGAUAACACCAUCAUGACGACCCCAGGAAGUGACACCAUCUCUGCUGUGCUGGGAGGGUCUGACACAGAUGCCAUCACCACUGCUGCCCCUGGAGAAGAUAAUGCCAUCACCACUGCACCUGUGGGUGAUACUGCCGCCACUGCUGCUGCCUGUGAGGACACCAUGGGUAUCACCAUCCCUGGAGACACCACCACUGCUGUGACUGUCUCUGUAAAUGACACCAUUGUUGCUGCCACCAUUCCUGGAGAUGCUUCUAUUACCAGCACCCACCACGGAGAUGAUGAGGCUCCUGGAGACAUUGUCUCUGUUACUGCUAUUCCACCUGAAGAGGUCACUCCUUAUGCUGCCACCCACAGAGAUGCCAUCAUCAUCCCCAGAGACGCCCCUGCUGUUGUCUCAGGAGAUGUUGCAGCCACCUCUGACACUCUUGAAGACAUCGGCAUCCCUGGAGAUCUAGUCAUGAAUGCCCCUGCAGGUGAUGGCACUAUCCUUGGAGGUGACAUCACCACUUCUGGAGAUGUUGAUGUCCCCAGAGAUGACAUCAUCACUGAUGGUGUCACUAGCAACACCCUUCGAGAUGAUGCCAUCACAGCUGAUGCCCCCAGAGAUGACACUGUACCUGCAGCAGCCUGGGAGCCCCAGACUCCCCUGCAAUCUUGCUCCUUUGUCUUCAUCGCCGUUGUCUGCAUCUUCAUUGCUGUGGUCCUGCUCACUGGGAUUUUUGCGGCCAUCCAUUAUGUGAAGGUCUUUAUCAUCAGCUCUGCCACCUUCUCAGUCCCAGUCGCAAACUCAUUCCCCUGAGAUCCUUCUCCAUGGUCAGCACCUCUGAAGCAGCCAGGUACCACUUCUGGAUGGCACAGAGAGACUGCAUUCAAGACAUCUGUAGCUGACUCAAUGGACAGAAAUGGAGGAAAGAACUUCAUCUAGUUCCUCCCUUUAAUACAAGGAAAAUGGGUUUUCACUGACCACUGUCCCAUGAGAAGGUCACAGCAUUGUGGUGUGUUUUGGCCAGGACUAAGGACAGAGGAAAAACUGCUGUAUGGGGCAGUUCAUCAGCUCACAAGUCCAUACAGACUUAGAUCUCUUUCCAUCUGGUCUGGGAUCCCGUGUUCUGCCACUAGCAGAUCAGACCAAUGGUCCAUCCCACCCUUUUUCUGACUUCUGCCUGUGUGAGGGAGGGAAAUGGAAGAGCACAACUGCAGGGAAGGAAAUAUGGUGUUAUCUCCCUCUCAGGCACCAGUUCCAGUGUGACCCAAGCCACCAGGACUGGCUGGCUCAUGGGAGCUGAGGAAUAGUCUAGAGGUCCCAUCCUCUCUACAAGGCAGGGUCUGAUCUUCAGACUGGGUGGAUAGGCUGGUUCAGAGGGGUAGAAAAAUGGGAUAUGGGGUCUUUCCCCUUCUUUCUCUGUAAAAUUUCCUUUGUGAUAGUAACUCAAUAAGGUAUUUCCCUUUUUAUUGUUUAAUCUGAUGUGCAGCACUACUUUACAGUUGUAAAACAGCUACCACAAGCCACCCCAAAUAGAAAAGAAAUAGUUAGCUGUGUUAGUCUGAAGUCAGGUAGAAGACAGGGCAGAGUUGGACCUUAUAGAUUAACUCGGAAUUAGUUAGUCCAUAGGCUGCAAUUAUGCCUUGCCUUCCACCCCAGAGAGAGCCGUGUUUCUGAGCAAGCUUCAUGCUGCGUUGCUGUGCAAUUGAAACCCAGCCAUCCUCCCCCAGAAGUAGCUGCACUCAAACAUUGGCUGAGCAAUCCCUAUCCUGCUUUGUCAUGCUAUUCUUACCCCAGACGUAGCUGCAUUUCAGCACUGGUUGCCCAAGCUCUAUGCAGCAUUGCUCCAUGGUUGUAUCCCAGCUGCCUUGCCCACCCCACCAGAACUAAGUGCAUUCAAUCCCAGUGCUAUAUGGUUGUUUCCUGGCCAGCCCACCUCGGAGCCAGCCAUCAGUGUUCAUGCCAGCUCUGGGCAGCCAUGGGCAGCAUGGCUGUUAUCCACCUGCCUCAUCCCCAAGCUGGCUGUGUUUCCACAGCAGGAAGACUGCUUGCUUCAGAUUGGUUUGUCAGCCAAAUACCUUAUGACCUUUUGGAUCUCUUUGUAAAUAAUCAAUCUGAUUAAUAAAUAGGAUAUCUU